CGUGCGCACUCCCGCUCAGACUCUUGUUGGGGUCCUUACUUCUUCCAGCUAGGGCUGGAACCCGGGACCGGGCACUCAAGGGGCGUCCCGGGUUGCUCCGUCAUGCGUUGGGGACUGCGCCCUCGCGGGCCGGAGGCGACGGCUCUGGCCGCGGCCCGGAGCUUAUGGGGACCGACCCGCCUUCCCUAUCGCCUAGGGUGGCUAGGAGCGACGAGGAGGCUCCUGGUGCGGUCAGUCACCGGGGCCAAUAACCAGCUGACCAACCCGAAUAGCGGCAAGUACCGGGACACCGUGCUGCUGCCGCAGACCAACUUCCCCAUGAAGCUGCUGGGCCGCCAGCAGCCGGACAUGGAACUGGAGAUCCAGAAGAAAUGUGGGUUUUCAGAACUUUAUUCAUGGCAAAGAGAAAGAAAAACAAAGACAGAAUUUUGUCUUCAUGAUGGACCUCCUUAUGCAAAUGGUGACCCUCAUGUUGGACAUGCUUUAAAUAAGAUUUUGAAAGAUAUAGCCAAUAGAUACCAUAUGAUGAGAGGUUCCAAAAUACAUUUUGUGCCUGGCUGGGAUUGUCAUGGGUUGCCCAUUGAAAUAAAAGUAUUAUCAGAACUUGGUGGAAAAGCUCAGAAUCUUUCAGCCAUGGAAAUUAGAGAGAAAGCUAGGUCAUUUGCAAAAGCAGCCAUUGAGAAACAGAAAUCAGCAUUUCUUCGUUGGGGAAUAAUGGCAGAUUGGGAUAAUUGCUACUAUACAUUUGAUAGAAACUAUGAAGCCAAACAGUUGAGAAUUUUUUAUCAAAUGUAUAAAAAGGGCUUGGUUUAUCGCUCUUACAAACCUGUCUUUUGGUCUCCCUCAUCAAGGACUGCUUUGGCUGAAGCAGAACUUGAAUAUAAUCCUGAGCACGUCAGUCGUUCAAUAUAUGUAAAAUUUCCUCUCUUGAAACCACCUCCUAAAUUGGCAUCUCUUAUAAGUGAUUCAUCUCCUGUUAGUUUUUUAGUCUGGACUACUCAACCUUGGACAAUUCCAGCCAAUCAGGCUGUAUGCUAUAUGCCAGAAUCAAAGUAUGCUGUUGUGAAAUGUUCCGCUUCUGGAGACCUCUACAUACUGGCUGCAGAUAAAGUAUCAUCUGUUGCCUCUACUUUGGAAACAACAUUUGAGGUUAUUUCAACAUUUUCAGGUGUAGAUUUGAAAAAUGGUACUUGUAGUCAUCCUUUAAUUCCCGAUAAAGUCUCUCCUCUUUUACCUGCAACUCAUGUGACCAUGGCAAAAGGAACAGGAUUGGUUCACACAGCCCCAGCUCAUGGUAUGGAAGAUUACAGUGUCGCCUCUCAGCACAACCUACCGAUGGAUUGUUUGGUGGAUGAAGGUGGGAUUUUCACAAGUGAAGCAGGUCCUGAACUUCACAAGAAAGCAGUCCUUGAAGAGGGAACUGAUGUGGUCAUAAAGAUGCUUCAAACUUCAAAGAAUUUGUUGAAAGAGGAAAAACUGAUACACAGCUAUCCCUAUGACUGGAGGACUAAGAAACCAGUGGUUAUUCGUGCAAGCAAGCAGUGGUUUAUAAAUAUCACAGAUAUAAAGACUACAGCCAAGGAAUUGUUAAAGACAGUGAAGUUUAUUCCAGGAGCAGCACUGAAUGCAAUGGUUGACAUGAUGGACAGGCGGCCGUAUUGGUGUAUAUCAAGGCAAAGAGUUUGGGGUGUUCCAAUUCCCGUGUUUCAUCAUAAGACAAAAGAGGAAUCCUUGAUCAACAGCCAAACCAUUGAACAUAUUAUUAAACUAGUGGAACAACAUGGCAGUGAUAUCUGGUGGACUCUUCCGCCUGAGCAACUUCUUCCAAAAGAUGUUUUAUCUCAGGUUGGUGGUCCUGAUGCUUUGGAAUAUGUACCAGGUCAGGAUAUUUUGGACAUCUGGUUUGACAGCGGAACUUCAUGGUCUUAUGUUCUUCCCAGUACCGACCAAAGAGCAGAUUUGUACUUGGAAGGAAAAGACCAACUUGGGGGUUGGUUUCAGUCUUCCUUAUUAACAAGUGUGGCAGCAAGGAAAAAAGCACCUUUCAGGUCAGUGGUUGUUCAUGGGUUUACCCUUGGACAAAAGGGAGAAAAGAUGUCCAAGUCUCUCGGGAAUGUUAUUGAUCCUGAUGUUGUCAUCAAUGGAGGACAAGAUCAAAGCAAAGAACCUCCCUAUGGUGCUGAUGUCCUUCGCUGGUGGGUGGCUGAGUCCAAUGUGUUUACUGAAGUGACAAUUGGUCCUUCUGCUCUCAAUGCUGCUAGAGAUGAUAUUAAUAAGCUUAGGAAUACACUCCGCUUUCUUUUGGGAAAUGUGGCUGGCUUCAACCCCGAAACGGAUUCUGUCCCUGUCAGUGAUAUGUAUGUCAUAGACCAGUAUAUGCUGCAUUUACUGCAGGAUUUAGCAAGCAAGAUUAACGACUCAUACAAGCAAUAUGAUUUUGGAAAAGUUGUUCGACUAUUAAAAGCAUUUUAUACUAGAGAACUUUCCAACUUUUAUUUCAGCAUAAUCAAGGAUAGGCUUUAUUGUGAAAAUGAAAAUGAUCCCAAACGACGCUCUUGUCAGACUGCUUUGGCUCAAAUUCUGGACGGGAUGGUUCGUUCUUUUGCUCCCAUUCUUCCUCACUUGGCUGAAGAGGUCUUCCAGCACAUACCCUACAUUAAAGAACCCAAAAGUGUUUUUCGCACUGGGUGGAUUAGCACAAGUUCUAUCUGGAAGAAGCCUGGGCUGGAAGAGGCAGUGGAGAGCGCCUGUGCAAUGCGAGAUUCAUUUCUUGGAAGCAUCCCUGGCAAAAAUGCUGCUGAGUACGAGGUUAUCAUUGUGAUAGAGCCUGGGCUGCUUUUUGAAAUAAUAGAGAUGCUUCAAGCUGAGGAGACCUCUAGUACCUCUCAGUUGAAUGAGUUAAUGAUGGCUUCCCAGUCAACUUUACUGGCUCAGGAACCAAGAGAGAGAACUGCAGAUGUCAUUGAGCUUAAAGGAACAUUCCUAAUCAAUUUAGAAGGUGGUGAUAUUCGGGAAGAGUCUUCAUAUAAAGUAAUUGUCACGCCAACUACCAAAGAAAAGUGUCCUCGUUGUUGGAAGUACACAGCAGAGUCUUCUGAUACACUUUGUCCCCGAUGUGCAAAAGUUGUUGGUGGAAAGUAGUACUCUGAUGUCACUAGCUUUCUGAGCAAGAACCCCCCUCACAGUACUGAGUUUACAUGAAUUGUUAUUUACAACACGGCAAAGAAAUAUAAAGUUUAGGUAACGGGAUGGGAGUAAAUGGUGUGGGGUGAGUGUCAAAAUGAGAAUUGUGAAAGAAGUAUUUCCUGUGACUAAAGAAUAAUGUGUAUAUACAUGUGAAAGUACAUAUGCAUAUAUAUAUAUGUGCACACACACAUAUAUGUAUAUAUUCAUAAUGGACUUAUUCAGAACACAGACACUGAAUAUAUGCUUGCCUUCAAAUGUGGUUGAGCAGAAUAUAUUUUAUAUUUUAUGAAAACCUUUUUGACUUAGUAUUUAAGUUCUAUGAUGUCUGAAAAUAAAGGCAUUCUGGAAAACUAUUGACUGAUGUUGGUGCAGAAGUUGUGAAUAUCAAAUGAAGAAAACGUGGUUUUGAAGGGGACCAGCAGAGGUAUAUUUUCUCUAAGAGUUGAAAAGAAUCAUUCUGCCUCCUAGCAAAACUGGAAGUUUUUAAAAAUGGCUUGCUUUUUGAUUUCGAUUGAAAAUAAAAAUAUCACCAAGUUUAUUAUUCAAGAAGGGAAGAAAAAUGUCUUAAUACCAAAAAACAAACAAACAAACCUUAUAUUUAUGAAUGUUAAGGAAACAAUUUGAAAGCUGAGAAUUUAUUUCACUAAUAUACACAAGUUCACAAUAAUGAACACAGAAAAAGAGCAGUAUAUACAGAAUUUCACUACUUACAUUAUAAUAGAUAAAUAAGAGCAUUUUAUAAACAAUCCAGUAUUGGAUUAAAAUCUAAGGAUGGCUAAUCUAUUGAGCAGAAGUUUUAACUUAGAAGCCCAGCAAACCCAUUCUUGUUAUGGUAAGAGAGGGCUAUCACUGUUGCUAUAGUAUACUAUAAAAAUUUCUCUUACAAAUGAAAUGGACCACAGCAACUUCUAGGUGAAUGCUAUAAUUAGUGAAAGCUUAGGAUUAUUAAAUGUUUUCUAUUAUUUUAAAUUGUAAUAGAUUUUUUUUUAAAAAAAGCAAUUUAAAUGUUUAUGUUUACUUUGACCUUACAUGAAUUUUUAUAACGAAGAUGAAACUUUUUUUUUUUUCUGCAAAAGUAUGACACAUUUAGAAGCCUGGUGCUAUGUACCUCUUUAUCUAUAUAUAUCCUGGCCUCUCUGGUUUUUCAUCUAAACACAAUCUGUAAAAUAGAAAUUAUGAUUUUCGAAUCCUUGUUUUCCCUUAACAUUAUAUAAUAGAAUAACAAGGUAAAAAAUGUGUAUGUGAUGAAGAAAAGUGGAGGGGUGUAUCUAGGAUACUACUGGUUAUUGGCUUAUCAAUAACUGCAGUGAGGGCCACCAAACCUUUUAGAAAUCACCCAUUCUAUAUAAAACUCAUUCAUCUUUUCAUGGCUUUUUAUUGUUACAGAAUGUAUACAUAAGUACUGAUUUUUUUCUUAUCAGAUUUAUUUUAAAAAUCCUUAAGUAGUAAAAUAUGUAACUGCUUUUCUUAACCAUAAAACUCAAUUCAAUUUUAAAAAUCUAUGAAUUUUAAAUUUUCAGAUGACAAAUCUAACUAGAAACUCAGUGAUUUGUGUUAAAGUUCUGUGAGCCAUGUUUCAGCUGCUGCUUCUCAGCAGUUCUUAUAGUUUUUAUGUAAUCUCUGUACCCCUCUAAAAAGUGACAAUGGCAUUGAGAGGAUUUCAAAUUUUAAAAUGCCUUUAAUCAAGUUUCUUUAACCAACCUUCUAAAUUCAUACUACUUUCCAUUUAAAAAAAUAAUCACAGGAAAAACUAAUGUUGUAGAAUACAUGUUACAAGAGACUGUAUAAAGCUAGAUGUACUCAUGGGAAUCCUAGAAUGUGGCUAGCUGGGGUAGUGGAGAUCCAAGCAGAGGCUGAGAGGCUAGACUAGCUUCAGGCCCUCUCCAGUGCUGUUACUCUGUACCACAUACACCUCAGCUCACAAGAUGUGCCUCAAACCUCAUAACAUCUUAGAAUACUUUUCUUUCAAGAUCUGGAAAUUGAUAUUCAUUUACACCAUUAUUUUUAGCCAGUUAAGUUCUCAUUUGGAUAGGAUCUUCAGUGAAAAAGAAUUCACAUUGGAAUAUUCUCAAAACACCAGAUUAUUUUUUUUUCUUUAUAUCCCUGAAGGCCAUUCUCCUCAACUUUGCACAAUGCUAGAGUUGGCUUCUUGCAAAGGAGUGAAGAUACAAACUUCUAUAUACAAUGAGUCGCUAUGAAUAACAAUUGUCAUCCAUGACAGAUAUCAACAAUUGCACUGUGUGGCUACAUUCCAUAGACAUACCAUAGUAAAUUCUUGGUAUUUGUAGAGCUCAAAGCAUUUUUUAUAGACUUUUGGUUAGUUUGGUUUUAAUCAGUAAAUAUUUAUUUAGCACUUGGACUCUCUAGGCACAAUAGGGUACAAAAUUAGUUGUAUUUUAUCCUCUCAACCCAGCUGUGAGGUAGGUUUGCUAAAGCUGUAAUAUCACUAUGCAUUUUUUUUUCUGUAAUGUUCCCAAGGACAGAUAACAUUACCAAAUCCCAGAAGCAGAUAUUUCUAAACACUUAUAGGAAAAAUAAAGUUGGACUUAAAAUUUUUAGUAUGUUUGCCUUUUUUUAUAUAUAUAUAAAUUUUACAAGAUAAUACAUUUUUACAGUUACCUGAUGUGCAUACAACUUUGCAACUUGGCAAAAAGCAAAUCUUAAUUUACAUUAUAACUGUUUUUGCUGCAUUGUUAGCAUUUCAGAUUCUCAAUUUUGGCAAGUAUAACAAACAGGUUAAGGAUUCUAGGGAGGGUCCCAACUAAUGAUUUUGAACCCUUUCUUCCUCUUCUGAUGGCACCAGCAGCACGUUUGGGAAAGGAACCUGUCAGCACCCAGAACUCCCAGGUGCAGCUGGAAUGGGAUUAAGCAUGAUAACAAACAUAUUUCCUUAACAUUUUUUAAGGGAAAGUGGGAGCUUUUUCUAAGUUUGCUGAUGGGGACUAUACACAAACAUGUUUAAUUACAGGAACUUUUUAGUUAUGAAAUACAGAAUCUUAUAAUAAAAGAACAUAAUCUGUAAAUUAUAACCAAUUUUAAAUAGCAAAGUUUUAUAAAGCUACUUAUGUAUUUGAAUUAAAAAUAAACAGUAA